AUGGAAGAUGGAGGCUUUUUUAAAACAGAACGUAUCAUCAACUUCGUUGCUGCUGCAUUGGAGAUCGACCAUGUGUCGUACGGGUAUUUUGCUUUACGGCUGUUGAACUUUCCGACUGCUCAAACGUCGAAUAAUGACGAUUGCUAUUGGCUGCAUGGCAGCUAUACUAUGCAACAUGUCUACGACAAAUAUUUCAGUAAUACAGCUUCUUGUUCUCAACUUAGGUUUGAACUACGGAUGCGUUUCAUUCCCAGCGAUCUACACGAACUAUAUCAAACACAAACUGACGCAUUUAUGUUUCUUCAUGACCAAGUUUUGGCUGAUUACUUAUCACAGGUUUCUUGGAAAAUAUCACCCGAUGCAGCGAUUGAGUUAGCAUCUUUACAAUUACGAAGAGAACUUGGGGAGAUUAAUAAAUGUUUUUCUGAAAAAAGUGGAAAGCUUGAUGAGCUGGAAAUCACUGGAGCUUUUCAGAGAUAUCUGCCAGAAACAAUUGUUGUCAGUACGAAGCCGAAGCAGCUGCGUAAAAUUUUAAUAGCAGGCAUAAAAAGGAACGCAUCGCGAUCUCCAACAGAAUGCAUUUUUUAUUUUCUUCAGACCGUCAAGCGAUUAGCCCAGUUCGACGUUGAGAUAUUUAGAUGUUCUAUUGGAGCGACGGAAUUUCAGAAGGAAUGGUCAACACCUGUGGACAUUUUAAUCGGGAUGCGUGCUGGUAUAUCUUACAACACGGACAGUAGAUGCGUGCCUAAGUUGAUAACGGAAAUGAAAUUCGUGGUUGAUAUAUCAAUUUUGAUGUUACAAAAGAAUUCCACAAAAGCUACUCUGAAACUUCGUCUUUCUGGUAGUAGCCAACCUCUGUACAUUACUGUUCCUGACAAAUUGAUUGCGGAAUCAAUGGCACAUCUUUUGGAUGGUUAUCAGAUGCUUCUACUACACAGGGGAUCAGUUUGGACUCCAGAAGGUGAUGAUCUUACCAUAUCCCGAUUUCGCGUGACCCUAGAUGAGUUACUCGGCGAUGGGCAAUUUGGCAAUGUUUACCGUGGAACUUACUUCGAAACCGACGACGAACAACCAAAAGCUGUCGCUGUUAAGGUUUGCAAACUGGAGACUGAGGCUGCAGAGAUGCGUAACUUUCUGUCGGAAGCUUACAUGAUGGGGCAGUUUCAUCAUCCAUACAUCAUUAAGCUGUUAGGGAUAUGUACCGAAACACCGAUAUGGAUUGUCAUGGAAUUGGCUCCUUAUGGAGAAUUACGGCAUUAUUUAGCCGAGCACAAAUCACAGUUGGAUUUAUCAGUGCAGCUUCUAUUUUGCCAUCAGUUAAGCAUGGCGCUAUCAUACCUACACUCAAAUAAAUUCGUUCAUCGUGAUAUUGCUGCCCGUAAUGUUUUGCUCUCUACUCCGCGAACUGUAAAACUUUCUGAUUUUGGUCUUACCAGAUGCAUCGACGAGGAAUCUGUUUAUGUUUCAGCUAGAGGAAAACUGCCAGUUAAAUGGUUGGCUCCAGAAUCAAUCAAUUUCCGCCAAUUUACGACAGCGAGUGAUGUAUGGAUGUUUGGUGUCUGCAUUUGGGAAAUCUUGAUGUACGGAGUGAGACCGUGGCAAGAAAUUCGAAAUCACGAAGUAAUAUUACGAAUUGAAGCUGAUGAACGCCUUCCAAGACCUGAGCAUUGUCCAUUUGCUUUAUAUGAAUUACUAAGGCGAAUGUGGCGUUUUGAGCCAGUGGCUAGACCGACAAUGAGCGAAAUUGAGUUUUCGCUAAAUUAUUUUCUGGAUCAGCUAGAUCGCGGAAUCCCUCUAAAUUUGUUAACUUUUCCUCCUAAAGAAGUUGGUGUAGUGCAAAGCUCGCAAGAAAACCCUAAGCCAGUACCGGUACUGAAAGUUGACUCAUCAAGUGUGCCUACAUCAACUAUUUGGAGGACUUUGGAGCAGCAGAGAAUACAGUCUGAAGAAGACAGCAAGUGGCUGGAGGAAGAAGAGGAAAAACUGUUACCUGUGGCAACCCACUUUUCUGCAAAAACUCUUUCUGCAUCUGUUUCGAGAAUGGAAAAACCUUCGGAUAAACUUCUUUUCCCUCCAGAAGGCUACGACUUUGACCGCACCAAUGACACAAUUCAUGACGCUGUUUUCAAUGUUGUUGCUGCCGUGGCACAGUUUUCGAAGUUAUUUGUGCCUCACAUGGAAAGAAAUUUAUUUGUCAGCCUUGUUAAGGCUAUUACGGAUGCACUAAAGGAGUUGCUAACCGAAACUUCUAGUUGCCUUCUUACAUUGAAACCUACAGGACAACGGCAAGUGCAGUUAAUUGAGACUCUCUUAGGAUCUGAUAUGCGGUCUAUGGCGAAUUGUGUAAAAGCAGUCUUUGAUUCAUCUGCUAGCGAGGAAGAUAGUGAAUUGGCUCGCCGUCAAGUGCUGAAAGUUGCCAAUCAACUUGCUAUCAACUGUAAGUAUUUUUUGGAAUCUGUAGACAGUGCCAGACUUGAAAGUGGGAUUGCUAAUUUGAAGAAGAUCGGUGAUGCAUCUAAAAAAUCUGUUUGGUAG